UCUCCAGCCCUGCCGGCACAAACCUCCCCGGCAGCGAGAGUGAAACUGGACUAUCUUGCAAAAACACUUUGAGCAAACAGCGCUCAAUGGAAAGCAUCUGAUAAGAGCAGCUGCACUCCUGGUGGCUCAGGCAAGACGACUCCGGUGCCCCAUUAGGACUGCGGCUCCCUCGGGGCCGUGCCACCUCCGCUCUCCGGGGACACACCAUGUCCACCACCAUCUGCCAGGUGAUGGGGUUCCUCGUGUCACUACUGGGCAUUGGGGGGACCAUCAUGGCCACGGCCAUGGACACGUGGAGCACGCAGGACCUGUACGACAACCCGGUCACGGCUGUGUUCCAGUACCAGGGGCUGUGGAGGAGCUGUGUGCGGCAGAGCUCCGGCUUCACGGAGUGUCGGCCGUAUUUCACUAUCCUUGGGCUGCCAGCGAUGUUCCAGGCUGUGAGGGCCCUCAUGAUCGUGGGGAUCGUCCUGGGAAUCCUUGGUCUCCUUGUGUGCAUUUUUGCUCUGAAAUGCAUCCGGAUUGGCAGCAUGGAGGAUACUGCCAAAGCCAACAUGACCCUGACCUCUGGCAUCAUGUUCAUUGUUGCUGGCUUGUGUGCCAUCACUGGAGUGUCUGUGUUUGCCAACAUGCUGGUCACAAACUUCUGGAUGUCCACCACCAACAUGUACCAGGGAAUGCAGAACGUCCAGAACAGGUACACCUUUGGCUCAGCCCUCUUCGUCGGAUGGGUGGCGGGGGGCCUGGCCCUCGUGGGAGGCAUCAUGAUGUGCCUUGCUUGCAAAGGGCUCAUCCCAGAAGAAUCCCGCUACAAAGCCGUGUCCUACAACGCCUCGGGCAGGAACAUCUCCUACAGGACAGGGCCCUACAAGGUUGGCUCGGGCUACGAAGCUGACCCAAAGACCAGGAAGGGUGCAGGAUAUGAAGAAGCUCCUCGAAAUGAGGAUGUGAGACGCUCGUACCCUGCGAAAUAUGAUUAUGUCUAGCAGACCUUCUGGCCUUGAGUUGUGCUAUCAGAUAUUUUUAACUUCACAAGCAAAAAGUGCAGCAAACCAAGCAGUCUGUAAAUGGGAUUGUGUUUUCUAGCAAGUUUUCUCUACUCUGAGGUUGCAUCUUUGUUGUGAACAUCAGUUUUACUCAACUGCCCGUUAGUAUUAACAGCACCGGGAGGUCUGUGACCAAAGUAAGACCCUGUGGUGCUCUCAGAGUGGAACAUUUUGCUCCUAUUUUCUGUAUAAACAGAUAUACAGGA